UAGGCCCUCGCGCUGAAUCGAUUUCUAUUUGUCUUUGUAGACGAAUAAACUUACACGCCCGUUUAAUGAGUUUUGUUUUGUUAAUUAUUUUAUGCAGGUGAACAUGCGAUAAGUAAUGCGUUGGCUGCGUAUUAUGCUAACUAUUAAAUUGAAACAGUAGUAUAUAAGUGUUUAAAGAUGGAUUCAUUAAAAGGAAAAGUCGCAAUCCUCACAGGUGCGAGUAGCGGUAUAGGGGCGGGGGUAGCCAUACACCUAGCGGGACACGGCUGCAAGCUUCUGCUCACCGGAAAGACCCAGGAGAAGCUUGACAAGGUCGCCACAGAGUGCCGGAAAUCCGGGCUAUCAGCGGAUGACGUGGACACGUUGUCCGGCGACAUUACGACUCAUGCGACGAGAAUGUUGGUGAUCGAGAAGGCGAUAGAACGCUGGGAUAAGAUUGACAUUCUGUUCAACAACUCGGGGAUCAUGUGCAACAUGUCCCUCGUGGACGUCAGCAAGGUGGACUAUGACCUCACGUUCGACAACAACGUGCGCUGUCACGUGCUCAUGGCCAAGGCGGCGCUUCCCCAUCUCGUGAAGACCAAAGGUUGCAUAAUCAACAACUCCAGUUCAGCAAGUGUGAACGCGUCUGUGGAGCAAGGCGUCUUCUGUAUGACUAAAGCUGCACUGGACAUGUUCACCAAAUGUUUUGCUCGAGAGGUCGGGCCCCUAGGUGUACGAGUGAAUUCCAUAAACCCAGGGAUCAUUGAUACACACUUAGAGAGAAGAAAAGACGACAGGAUGAAGGAGGAUGCUUUUUAUCAUCAGUGGCUUGACGCCAACGCGGGAUCAGUGCCCCUCGGGAGGACUGGAAAUUCCCUUGACUGUGCCAAGGCAGUGGCGUUCUUAGCUUCAGACGCCGCCAGUUACGUCACAGGGCAGACGCUAUUCGUGGACGGAGGUAGAAAUAUUGUGGCGGUAGAGAAAGUUAAAGUGGACCAAGUCGGAAGUCGGUAACGGCGCUACGCGACACAACUUCCUUUCAUCGAUUUCGGUUGCAAAAGAGUAAAUGAUGAUAAACCUAUGCACAUAUGAGAUAAUCUCAUUUGUUCACUGUUAGCGGAAGAUGGAAAUAGAUUUAUUAACUUCGAUUGCAUGUUUAUAUAUAUAUGGUGUUACAUUGUGUGUCACAGUGCUUUUGUAUAAAAGUACAAUGUA